CCAUGGCCAAUUUUGACGAACGUGCUGGUAUAAUCUCCGCGAUUACUGACUGGGGACAGUGGUGGCAGACAAUAGAAGAAGUUUACAUAGAAAUCGCGAUACCCACUGGAACGUCUGUUAAGGAAAUUAAAUGUGAAAUCAGACCAAAACACAUAAAAGUUGCAGUGAAGUCCAGAACAGUUGUCGAGGGGACAUUAUUUUCUGUUGUUCGUGCUGAUGACUCCAUUUGGACAUUUGAAGACAAGAAAAUCUUAAGAAUUUGUCUGGUUAAAGCUGACGCUACUGCAAAGAAUUGCUGGAGAUCACUUUUAGUUGACAGCUAUGUUGCUGACCCAGUUACGUUUGAUGAAAUGGAAAAGAAAUUGACAUUACAAAGGUUUCAGUUGGAAAAUCCAGGACUUGAUUUCAGUGGAGCAACGGUUGAUGGCAACUAUCAUGGUGGAGGUCCAGAACUCCCAUCCUAAAUCCUGAAAGUUUAUGGCGUAAGGGCCAGUUCAUGGUUAGUUCAUUGUCAUAGUAACAAUACAAUCCAGGAGUCUCAU